GUUGUGGUUAUUCUAUUUGUUUUACAGGGAACAUGUUUUAAAGUGUUUUGGUUUUGUGCCAGGAGGUGUAUCUGCUGCCCAGCCUCUCAAUUCUUCGGAAGAGUUUCAAAGCAAAUGUGUUCAUGAACUGAUGUAUAUUAGGACCUGGGCUCCUGUUGAAAAGUGAUGGAAUAAUCUCUGGCCGGCACCUGACAUGUUGAGGGAGCACCCCCUAAAAGAGAUUGCCUGGGAGACAGUUUGUGAAAUAACGCAGUAACAUGUUUGCAGUAAUUAGCGUCUUCCUGUCGUGUUGCCUGGAGCUGCCUAACUUAGUCUUUGGAUGUUAGAAUAUUGGCUAUUGAUAAAGACCAGCAUGUUUUGGAAAUUUGAUCUCCAUUCGUCAUCCCACAUAGACACACUUCUAGAGAGAGAAGAUGUAACACUGAAGGAAUUGAUGGAUGAAGAGGAUGUUCUGCAAGAGUGCAAGGCUCAGAAUCGCAAACUUAUAGAGUUUCUGCUGAAGUCAGAAUGUUUGGAAGACUUAGUUUCAUUUAUUAUCGAAGAGCCACCUCAAGAUAUGGAUGAAAAGAUUCGAUAUAAAUAUCCAAACAUAUCGUGUGAGCUGCUUACAUCAGAUGUAUCACAGAUCAAUGACAGGCUGGGAGAAGAAGAAUCCUUACUUAUGAAACUGUACAGCUUCCUCUUAAAUGAAUCUCCUCUAAACCCUUUACUGGCCAGUUUCUUCAGCAAGGUGCUAAGUAUUCUUAUAAGCAGAAAACCAGAACAGAUUGUGGAUUUUUUAAAGAGGAAACAUGAUUUUGUAGACCUCAUUAUUAAGCACAUAGGGACCUCUGCUAUCAUGGACUUGUUGCUCAGGCUACUGACUUGCAUAGAACCUCCACAGCCCCGGCAAGAAGUGUUAAAUUGGCUAAAUGAGGAGAGAAUUAUCCAGCGGCUUGUGGAAAUUGUACAUCCAUCUCAAGAUGAAGAUAGGCAUUCAAACGCGUCACAGUCACUCUGUGAAAUUAUUCGUCUAAGCAGAGACCAGAUGUUACAAGUACAGAACAGUUCAGAACCAGACCCACUGCUUGCAAGUCUAGAGAAACAAGAAAUCAUAGAGCAGCUGCUGUCUAAUAUCUUUCAUAAAGAAAAAAAUGAAUCUGCGAUAGUCAGUGCAAUCCAAAUACUCUUGACCUUGCUUGAGACAAGACGACAGACAUUUGAGGGCCAUAUAGAGAUCUGUCCUCCAGGCAUGAGCAAUUCAACAUAUUCUGUCAACAAAAGUGUUUUAGAAGCCAUAAAAGCACGCCUUUCAUCCUUCCAUGAACUCCUACUUGAGCCUCCAAAAAAAAGUGUCAUGAAGACAACCUGGGGUGUAUUGGAUCCACCUGUGGGAAACACACGCUUAAAUGUGAUUAGAUUAAUAUCUAGCCUUUUACAGAUGAAUACAAGCAGCGUGAAUCAGGAGCUUAUAGAGCUUAACAGCAUAGGAGUAAUAUUGGACAUGUUCUUUAAAUAUACAUGGAAUAACUUUUUGCAUACUCAAGUAGAAAUUUGUAUUGCAUUGAUUCUUGCAAGUCCUCUUGAAAGCACAGAAGAUGGCACAAUUACAGAUCAGGAUUCCACUGCGGACAAUCUCUUAUUGAAACAUCUCUUCCUUAAGUGCCAGUUAAUAGAACGAAUACUUGAAGCAUGGGAGAUGAAUGAGAAGAAACAGGCUGAAGGAGGAAGGCGGCAUGGCUAUAUGGGUCAUCUUACAAGGAUAGCAAACUGUAUUGUGCAUAGUACAGAUAAGGGGCCAAACAGUACACUAGUCCAACAGCUCAUUAAAGAGCUUCCAGAGGAGGUCAGAGAGCGAUGGGAGACAUUCUGCACAAGCUCUUUAGGAGAAACUAACAAGAGGAAUACAGUGGACCUGGUUACUACCUGCCACAUUCAUUCUUCCAGUGAUGAUGAAAUUGACUUUAAAGAAACAGGUUUCUCACAGGAUUCUUCCUUGCAGCAGGCCUUUUCUGAUUAUCAGAUGCAACAAAUGACGUCCAAUUUUAUUGACCAGUUUGGCUUCAACGAUGAGAAGUUCGCUGACCAAGAUGACAUCGGCAAUGUUUCUUUUGAUCGGGUCUCAGACAUCAACUUUACCCUCAAUACAAAUGAAAGUGGCAAUAUAGCCUUGUUUGAGGCAUGCUGUAAGGAGCGGAUACAGCAGUUUGAUGAUGGUGGCUCUGAUGAAGAAGACAUUUGGGAAGAAAAACAUAUUGCAUUUACACCAGAGUCCCAGAGGCGUUCCAGUUCGGGCAGUACAGACAGUGAAGAAAGUACAGAUUCUGAAGAGGAGGAUGGAACAAAACAAGCCUUGUUUGAAUCACACACCAAUACAGAGGACAAAAUGGAAGUAGACUUAAGUGAACCACCAAACUGGUCAGCUAACUUUGAUGUACCCAUGGAGACUGCACAUGGUGCCAAUCUGGAUUCUGUUGGGUCUGAUGUGUGGAGUACGGAAGAACCUAUGCCAGCAAAAGAAACUGGCUGGGCUUCAUUUUCAGAGUUCACAUCUUUGAGCUCAAAAGAUUCCUUGAGAAGUAAUUCUCCUGUGGAAAUGGAAACAAACACAGACCCUAUUGAUCCCUUGAGUGCAAAUGUAACUGCUCUUGCAACACAGCUAGAGACCCCAGGAAGUGUUGCUAUGGAGGCCAGCUCAGAUGGAGAGGAUGAUGUAGAAAAUGCAGACAAGGUAACUGAAACAGUAAUGAAUGGCAGCAUGAAGGAGACACUGAGCCUUACUGUAGAUGCUAAAACUGAAACAGCUGUUUUCAAAAGUGAGGAAGGAAAAUUGUCUACCUCACAGGAUGCUUCUUGUAAAUAUGUAGUAGAAGAGAACACAGAAGUUGCAGAAGAGGCUCCUUCAGCUCUGCAGCCUACUAAUAGCAGUCCAGAACAGAGGACUGAUCAACCCACCUAUUUAGGAGAGGCAUCUGUUAAUGGCCCUGUAUGAUAUGUGAUGUCUACUACCUUGGCUGAAGAAAAUGAACUCAUAUCCAGGUGUUUGAGUGUUUCUUGAGGAUUUCAUCUAGACCCUGUUGAAGCCAGUCACUGCUGCACUAAUUUCGCAAGGGAUCAGGACCAGCAACAUUUAUAUUCUAGAUUUUAAGACAUUGUACAGAAAUUCAUAAGUGUAAAAAUAUUGCACAUUGAGAAAUACCAAUAAUUUUUGCGUAUGUUUAUAUUGUAUUGUUCUAAAUAAUGGGUGGCCUGUGAAAUAAGAUCCUGCUACCCAUGUAAUGACAGUAGUGUUACUAUAGUUAAAAUGGCUGUAAGAAUAGUUUUAUAAAAAAGUGAAUACACAAAUCUAAUGUAUUUGAGACAUAACUAUUUGACGAUUAGUGUGACCAAAGUAUUUAGCAGUUUUCAUACAUUUUUCACCUUGUAAAAAGAAAAGAAAAGAAUUCAUGUUUCUUCUGAAACUGAAAUGCCCUAUAAAUGUUAUUUUGGUUGUUUAGCUUACAAAAGUGAUUUAAAUAAGAAUUUUUUGGUGUUCAACAUUUUACAACAGGUUUUUUAAUUGGUAAUUGUUUUCUGUAUUGUUUAAAACAGAUCAAAAAUGUAAGUCUAUUGGUAGAGAUUUUAAGUAUUUAUUGCUACAACUUAGUUGACAAAUUGAUGUUACUGUAAAGCCAUAUGUUCUGUUAAGUCUUGUUUGCUUGAAACAAUACCUUACAGGUGAAACACUAGAAUAUUUGAAGUGCACAUGGCUUGUUGUGUUUAAGUGAUUCACCUGCCUUUUAACCCAUUCACCAAGAUUUAGUUUAAUACUGAGCAUUAUACAAUGGAACAUUUCAGAACAAUCUGCGUAUUUAAAACGCUAUAAUCCUUUUGGACAAGUCAAGUAAAUGAAAUGCUUGUGCUGCUAAUAUAAUUACAGUACAUGCAUUUUAAAAGUAUAUAGUGUUUUUAAUACAAAUUUUGGCAGCAGAGCAUGUUAAUUGUUCCUUUCACUGUACUGAUCUGUGUGAGGCUUUCAUUUGUAUGUUCUAAACCAGUUUUUUCCCAGCUGGUUUGUGUAUAUAUAUAUAGUGAUUAUGGAAACUAAUUCUGUGUAAUUUAUAAUUUUCUAUGUCAGUGUAAAAUUCCAACAGCCUUCUCAAACAGAAGCAAUAUACUGUAUAUUGCCACAUUGUCUGGUGAAAGGGUUAAAGUACUUCACCUCCUGCACUUUUAGAUGCAAAUCCAUUUUUGUUUCUGUAAUAGUUACAUUCAUUUAUUUUUUACAUCAUUUGUUUUCCUGACCAGUAUUUAAAGCCAAAAGGAUACUCUAAACAAUGGCCAAUGAUUUAUAUUAGAAGGCGUCCCAAGCAACGUGCCUAAACAUUACAUUGCAUACAGAAAUAAAAAAAAACCCCACACAUGUAUAA